CCCGCCUCCAAGUGGGCCGGGCGCUUGUGUUGGUCCUCCGACUGGUAACCGCUGGGCCCUGAAAGCCUAGCGCUGUUGAGGGGUGGGUUCAGGGUAGUCACUCGCGGCGUCCCGCCGCUGCGAGAGUUAUGUCCGAAAAUAAUCCCCCGUUGCCCGUAGGCCGCGGCACGAGUGGCCGCGGCAGCAGGGGGCGUGAGGUGGAAUGGCCCCCGGAAACCCGCCCCGCCCCUGCCGAGACCUCUGUGGGGAUAUCCCACCUAGGCAGCACCUCCAGCAGCUCUAGCGAGUCCUCCCAUUCUCAGUGGCAGACCGCCUCCCAACCCUUAUCUCAGAUGAGCGAGUCCAUUGAGGAGAUGGUUGAUUCCUUAAGUGCCACCAACCUCCCUCAGCUCAAAAAUGAUUCUGACGAGAAGAAUGACCCCAACUCAAAGUCUUAUUCCUGGGACUUAAGCGUCCGCCGCCAGAGGGCUCAGGUCCCCAUACCUGUCCCGGAUUCCUCCAUCCUUAGCUCGGUCUCCCAGCACUUAUCUACACUAAGAUCCAUUCCUCUCCCGGGUUCAUCCCGAUAUUUUGGGCAAAGGUCCUUGGUGACUUCUGGGCAAAUGCCUUCCGUGGCUUCUAUACUUAGCACUUCUGUACAGUCAGAACUAGGGUCUAUCCCUGCCUCAGUGAUCAGCACUCCCCGAGGGUCGAUAGAGGAUCCCAUCCCACCUUCAUUGUCUGUCUACCCCUGGGGAUUGCCACUAGAACAUCCAUUACAAAGUAACUUGUCCCUGCCUUCGUUACCACUACCUAACGCUCCAGAAAAUACCCCACUGGCAGAAGACUUCCCCAGGCACUCUCUGUCCCUCUCUGCUUGGUUAUCCACAUCAUUACCUGCACACAUUUUCCCUUCCCGACUGCCAGUACAAAGACCUCUGGUGUUUGAUAGCUCAGUACCUGGGUCACCAACUUCCUCACAGUAUAACCCUCAAGGACCUGCUUGCCACGCCCCUCUAGUUCCUAUACUAGGGCCAUCCCUGCCUUGUGAGCAGGGCUCUCCCUGGGUAUCUCAGCAAGGAUCAGCUCCGCCCCUGAGCGCUCCCCUUGUCACUGCACAAGGGCCCGCUCCGCCCUCAGGGCCGGGCUCCCCCCCGGUAUGGGUAGAAAGAUCGACUCCGCCCCUGGACACCAUGCAAGGGGCGGUACAAGGGUCUGUUUCACCCUGGGCGGUCCCCCCUUUUAAACCAAAGUCUCCGGAGAAUCUCACCCAAACCAUGAUGAAUCUGGAGAAGCCUAAUAUCUCAGGCCACAUGUUCGACGUAGUCGUGAUUGGAGGCGGCAUCUCAGGGUUGGCUGCUGCCAAACUCUUAUCUGAAUAUAAAAUUAAUGUCUUAGUUUUGGAGGCCCGUGAUAGAGUUGGAGGAAGAACAUAUACUGUGAGGAAUGAGCAUGUUUCAUGGGUAGAUGUUGGCGGAGCCUAUGUGGGACCAACUCAGAACAGAAUAUUACGCUUGUCUAAAGAGCUAGGCAUAGAAACUUACAAAGUGAAUGUCAAUGAGCGUCUAGUUCAGUAUGUCAAGGGGAAAACUUACCCGUUUCGUGGUGCAUUUCCACCUGUGUGGAAUCCCUUGGCCUAUUUGGAUUAUAACAACCUGUGGAGGACAAUGGAUGAAAUGGGAAAAGAGAUCCCUGUUGAUGCACCAUGGCAAGCACCGCAUGCUGAGGAAUGGGACAGAAUGACCAUGAAAGAUCUCUUUGAUAAAAUCUGCUGGACAAAAACUGCUCGGGAGUUUGCUUCUCUUUUUGUGAAUAUCAAUGUGACUUCUGAGCCACAUGAAGUAUCUGCACUAUGGUUCUUGUGGUAUGUGAAGCAGUGUGGUGGCACCACUCGGAUAUUCUCAGUCACCAAUGGAGGCCAGGAACGGAAAUUUGUAGGUGGAGCUGGCCAAGUAAGUGAACAGAUGAUGGACCUCCUUGGGGAUAAAGUGAAGCUGAACUCUCCUGUUACUUACAUUGACCAAACAGAUGACAACAUCAUUGUGGAGACACUGAAUCAUGAACACUAUGAGUGUAAAUAUGUAAUUAGUGCCAUCCCACCAAUUUUGGCGGCCAAGAUCCACUUCAAACCAGAACUUCCACCUGAGAGAAACCAGUUAAUUCAGCGUCUUCCAAUGGGGUCUGUCAUCAAGUGCAUGGUGUAUUACAAGGAAGCCUUCUGGAAGAAAAAGGACUAUUGUGGAUGCAUGAUCAUUGAAGAUGAGGAAGCACCAAUUUCAAUCACUCUGGAUGACACCAAACCAGAUGGGUCACUGCCUGCCAUCAUGGGCUUCAUACUUGCCCGGAAAGCUGAUCGACUUGCUAAGCUACAUAAAGAAAUAAGGAAGAGGAAAAUCUGUGAGCUAUAUGCCAAAGUUCUGGGAUCUCAAGAAGCUUUAUAUCCAGUCCAUUAUGAAGAGAAGAAUUGGUGUGAGGAGCAGUACUCCGGGGGUUGCUACACAGCCUACUUCCCUCCUGGCAUCAUGACCCAGUAUGGAAGGGUGAUUCGCCAGCCAGUAGGCAGGAUUUACUUUGCAGGAACAGAGACAGCAACACAGUGGAGUGGCUACAUGGAAGGAGCAGUCCAAGCUGGAGAACGAGCAGCUAGAGAGGUCUUGAAUGCUCUAGGAAAAGUUGCCAAGAAAGACAUAUGGGUUCAAGAGCCUGACUCCAAGGAUGUUCCAGCAUUUGAAAUUACCCAUACCUUCUUUGAGAGGAACCUGCCUUCCGUGCCUGGUCUACUAAAGAUCACUGGUGUUUCCACCUCUGUGGCUCUUCUCUGCUUUGUCUUGUACAAGUUUAAACUGCUGCCUCGACCCUGAGCUUUUUCAUCCUCGGGCCUCCUGCUAGAUCAUCCUUAGCAUCAUCAUCAUCAAAAGGAAAAUGUGGAUGAAUUACAGCCUGUGUCAUUGGACCAUUUAAGUGCACUUGAUUUAAUCUUCUUCAGUUUAAUUUUAGUCUUUGUAAAGUGAUAACAAUCCAAAGAAUUAAUUACCUAGCUAAUUUUAGUAAGCUCAUGUUUCAUCCUGUUUGCUAGACUAAUUCAUGUUGGUUGAUAGAAUAAAAUCCUGUGAGUGCUUAAUUUCAAAAUGGUGAAGUACUUGUGAGAAAUAAUUUCUGGGUUCUGCUUUUCUUGCCUUUAAUGCAAAGUAGUUGAUGGUUUCAGAAAUAAAACACUUGACUUACUGUGAUUUAUGUGUAGCUACCCAGAUGUGCAGAGUAAAAUAGUGGCUGAAAUGUUCCCUAGGUGUCCUCCCUGACCGGUUCCAUGUGAGACAAAUUACAAUAGGCACUUUCUUUUCUGGACUGUAUCUAAACAUGAAUUGGCCCUUGUCAGUAACAUUCUGUGCUUAUUUAAGGAAAUUAGCAUUUUUCAGUUGCUCCUUGGCUGUCUGAUCAUAGAAUUAGAUAUCUAAGUCUACCUGUGUCUUCAAUGUGGUUAAAUGUUAGCAUGCCAUUUUUCUGAAGUACCAAAGGACAUGUAAAAUUUUCUCUAUUGUUAUUUAUUGAGACAGUCAAAUACAGAAAUGAAAUUAGGGCUCAAUCUGAUACUAUUACUUGUUUUAAUUAUUUGGUUUUAUAACAAACAUUAAAUUGAAUGAUUUUAUAUAUCCAGACUGAGUUUUCAGUCUUAGGAGUAUUGUGGGCCUGGAAUGGUGCCUAUUCUUCUCUUUCCCAUUUGAAAAACUGUCAAUUAAAAAAACUGUCCCGAAGGUUUCACUACAAAGCACUUCAUUUUUAAAAACAUGUAAACUUAUUUCUUACUUAAGAACAAUUAAAUUAUUGCCAGCACAUGCCAGCCAAUCCAUGUUUAUGACACUAGCUUUAUCUUAAAUGUAAACUUAAACCUCUGGAUGCUGAAGUAAGGACUUAAGAUCUUUCAAGUUUUACCAUUCUAAGAGCAAAGAUCUAGAUUUUCUGCCCUGUUUUAUCUUGCAAUUCAAAGGCUUGAGUGAUAUCUUAGAUAUUCCCCAGUACAUAAGGAGUAGCCUGGAUUCAUAUCAAACUGCAGUGAGAAUUCUCAUCACUAAUCUGUUAGAUUUGUGUGUAUUGACUUACUGAUUAACUCAGUCCUGACACACCCUGAGAAAUGAUUUAAACAGCUGAACUGGCAAGGGUUCUAACAGUAUUCAGAUUAUUAGCAUUGAACUAUUGAGUGUUGAAAAUCUCCUGAGUUUGCAAUUUACCCUCUUCUGCCUCUGAGAAAUCCAAUUAACCCAUCCUAAUGAUAUUAAUCCUAUUAAGCCACAGUUUGUGUAUUAAAGUGAUUUCUAGUACAGAUGUGCUUAGACGUAAUGAGAAUUGAGAAACAAUAUAUGUGAGGCUGUCUACCAUAAAGAUAACAUAGAUCUUCUCUCUGAAACAGAAAAAAGUCAUUUUAAGAUGUUGAUAAUCCCCUUCACAGUUCUGAAGGCCAAUUGGCCUUUUUCCAUAGUUAGGAUGAGAGUUAGAUUUAAGAAGUAGACCUCUUUGGCCACAGCUGUUAAAUAUGGUCUCAUGUUAUGAUGAAAAAAUUAAACUUUACUGAAGGACUGUGAACUGUUUUUGAUGGUUGUGAACUUUGUGCCUAAUGUUCUAUGUCCAAAGUUGGCCCCAGUGCUACAUGUGGGUUUAUGUAUUUGUAUAUGAUUUGCCACUGAAGUAAGAUUUUGUCUCUAUGGUACUGGGUUUUGUUGUUGUUAAUAAAAUGUGAUGCUACUCUUCCUUCA